AUGGAGACUGACAGCUACACCACAGGUCCAGCCACCACCGCCACAGACUGGGUAGGGUCAGUAGCUGGACUGGAGGGGGUGGGAGUCCUUCAGGAGCAUGGAGGAGGGGUGUCUUCCAGCAGCCUGGUGUCCUGGUACAUGCCAUACUCAUUAGGCUUCCAGGUGUCGCUCACCGCCUUCCUCAUGCUGGAGCUGGUGUUGGGUUUCAGCAGCAACCUGACUGUGCUGGUUCUCUAUUGCUCUCAUUCUAAUCUAGUGGACUCAGUGAGCAACAUGGUGACCGUGAAUCUGCACGUGCUGGAUGUGGCGGUGUGCGUGUUGUGUCUGCCACUCACUCUGGUGGUCGUGCUGCUGCCUCCUGGACCGAACCUGGCCCUGCUCUGCUGCUUCCACGAGGCCUGUGUCACUUUUGCCAGCAUAGCCACAGCUAUCAACAUUCUGGUUAUCAGCUUGGACCGAUAUGACAUCUCAGUACGACCUGCCAACAGGCUGCUGACCACACGUAGAGCAACGCUGCUCCUGGCUGCUGUUUGGGUCACCUCUGUGGCAGUGUUUUUUAUCCCCUUCUUGGAAAUGCAGUGGUCCAGUGGGGAUGGAGCAGAGAAAAUAGGACAGGAGACACCAAUGACGUUGUCCUCCAAUGGCGUCAGUGCCACAGUGGUGCCAGCGUGGCGUAACCGGACUCUGCUGUGUGUGGGUGGGCAGGGCUACCACACAGGCCUGGGCAUGUAUUACCAUCUCCUCCUGCAGGUACCCAUCUUCUUCACCACAGUGGCAGUCAUGUUGUUUACCUACUCUAAAAUACUGAGGGCUCUAAACAUCAGAAUUGGCUCCCACAUGAAGAAGAAUCAGAGAUUCAGGGGCCCUUCCUACAGGGGCCACCACAGGAAGCAGAAAAAAAAGAAGGCAGGGCUCAGAAUGACUGAUGGUGAGGAUUUAGGAGGGGAGCAGUGCACUAUGGAUGGGACCAAACAGCUCAGCCAUCCUCCACUCAUCCCCUCUCCAUCCCCCACCCCUACAGCCACCUCCCCUCCUGCUCUGUCCUCUACUGCCCCCGUGGUGACCUCAGACACAGUUGCUGCGACUCCUAUGCCUGCCACCAUGGGCGUCCAGGCCUCUGUGUCGGCCAUCAUUGCUCUGAGGCGGGCAGUGCGCCGACACAGGGAUCGGAGAGAGCGGCAAAGGCGGGUGUUCAGGAUGUCCCUCAUCAUUAUCACCACCUUCCUGGGAUGUUGGGCUCCACUCUCUGUCACAAAUGUUCUGAUCCUUGGUUUUGGUCCCAGUGACACCUUGGUCAGCGCACGCCUCUGGUUCCUAGCCCUGGCCUAUGGCACCACUGUGUCCCACCCUCUGCUCUACGCCUUCACCCGUCAGAAGCUGCGCCGUGCCCUUCGUUCAAAGGUGAAGAAGAGGGUGGUGUCACUGCUGCAGGUGGAUCCUUCCCCAGGGGGCACGGUCAUACACAACUCCUGGGUGGAGAACAGAAAAACCAGCCGACAGGUGCGACUUGAUGCAAGCGAAGGGACUGAACGCUGCCUGGCAGAGGUCCUAUAAGACCGGCCCACAUGGGCACAGACUAUAAUUAAAAAGCAGAGUGGAGGCACAGGUGUGCUCCAUUAUGAAACUCACUGGAGUGUGAAACCAGUGUAAGAAAUGUGAAAAACACAUUUCUACCUCU